UUUUUAAUAGAAUUUUAAAUUAGUGAGAUUUGCUUUCAAAAGCCUUUUUUUGCUCCAUUUCAAAAUAUUUUUUUUUUGUAAUUUGAAUUUGAAUGCUGAAAAAGUUUUACGAUUUGUCGAACGAAGCCAUCGCUUAAUUUUUUCAUCGUUGCGUUUUUUUUAUUUUCAUCACAAAAAAUCCAGGAAAAAUAAUCAAUCUGGGGGAAAAUUGUCAUCAUGUUUGACAGAGAAUAUGGAGUCAUGAGGCCAGCCCCAUUCAUGGGCCACCCAGAUUAUAGGAUUCAUGAGAUGAAUAGGCGACUACAACAGAGAAUGGAUGACAGUGAUAAUUUGUGGUGGGAUGCAUUUGCCACAGAGUUUUUUGAAGAUGACGCUAUAUUAACAUUGUCAUUCACAUUGGAGGAUGGCCCUAAGAGAUAUUCAAUCGGCCGAAGUCUCAUACCGCGCUAUUUCCGAAGUUUGUUUGAGGGAGGUGUUACUGACUUAUAUUACGUGUUGAAAUACUGCAAAGAAUCAUUUCAAAAUACUUCUAUAGUACUGGACUGUGAACAAGCUCACGUUAUAUCUUACCAUGGGAAGAAUGUUUUCACUAAGGUUCAGCAGGACCCAAUAGUAACGGAGCAGAUAGCACAGAACGUCACAUGUCAGGGCUUGACUAAAAAUACACUGAAUUUUCUUAGGCUCUGUGUAAUAUUGGAGCCAAUGCAAGAGCUGAUGUGCCGACACAAGGUCUAUGGUCUCAGUCCAAGGGAUUGCCUAAAGACCACGCUGUUCCAAAAGUGGCAGAGGAUUGUUGCUCCGCCUGGUCUUCCUUGCCCAUCCCUGGUUUCGGUUUCUAGGAGUAAAAAAUCCUCCGCGGCUAAUAAUAGCAACAGCAACGGUAGUAAUAACAAUAUAAACAUUAAUAGCAGUAAUAGCAAUAGCGCUAGUGUUGCCGGCCUAAAUACGGUUUUUCCUAAUUCUAAUUUAGUUCAGGACGUUAUGUUAGUGGGCGAGCCGACGCUAAUGGGCGGGGAAUUAGGAGAAGAAGAUGAGAGAUUAAUCUCGCGUUUGGAGAACUCUCAAUAUAAGGCUCCGCCCACCGAGGUCGAUGAUUUGUCGAUGGACUGCAAGCCCAUUCUGCAGUUGUCCAAUCAGCAUCAAGCUAAUUUGAAUUUGAACAAUUUACAUUGA